ACUACAGCUUUGCAAGUCAGGAACGACAAAAGUCCGAGCCAUCGCAGCCAACGCUUGCCUUCUGCAUACCGAAACACCUCCACGCGGCUGCCGCGAGCCGCGGCACGUCUGUCGACCUCCACCGCACGUCGAGACCUCCGCCUGCAAUCACCGCCUUCCCACCACGUAACGCACACCAUGGCGAGCACCAACUCCUCCAGCAAUGUCGUCGGCGUACACUACCGCGUCGGCAAGAAAAUUGGCGAGGGCAGCUUCGGCGUCAUCUUCGAGGGCACGAACCUCUUGAACAACACUCAGGUAGCCAUCAAGUUUGAACCGCGUAAGAGUGACGCUCCACAGCUACGCGAUGAGUAUCGCACAUACAAGGUCCUCGUCGGAUGUCCGGGUAUACCCAAUGUGUACUACUUCGGACAGGAGGGUUUACACAACAUACUUGUCAUCGAUCUACUUGGUCCAUCCCUCGAGGACCUCUUCGACCACUGCAACCGCCGAUUCUCCGUCAAGACAGUGGUCAUGGUCGCCAAACAGAUGCUUUCCCGCGUGCAGACCAUCCACGAGAAGAACCUCAUCUACCGCGACAUCAAACCUGACAACUUCCUGAUUGGCCGUCCCAACACCAAAGCACAGAACGUUAUUCACGUUGUCGACUUUGGAAUGGCGAAGCAGUACAGAGAUCCAAAGACAAAGCAGCACAUUCCAUACCGUGAGCGCAAGUCACUGUCGGGCACUGCCAGGUACAUGUCAAUCAAUACACAUCUUGGCCGCGAACAAUCCAGACGUGAUGACCUUGAGGCUCUCGGGCACGUCUUCAUGUACUUCUUGCGUGGUGGACUCCCAUGGCAAGGUCUGAAGGCUGCGACUAAUAAGCAAAAGUAUGAGAAGAUCGGGGAGAAGAAACAAACCACCCCGAUCAAGGACUUGUGUGAGGGCUACCCAGAGGAGUUCAACAAGUACCUAUCAUACGUGCGCAACUUGGGCUUCGAAGACACUCCAGAUUACGAUUACUUGCGCGACCUCUUUACAAAGGCACUCCAGAACACUGGUGAGGUCGAAGAUGGCGAGUACGAUUGGAUGAAGCUCAACAAUGGAAAGGGUUGGGAUGUGCCAACCCGCCCAUCUGCCGCCGCUGGUCACCGUGAGCAAGGCAAUCCUUCCAACGCCGAUCUCCACCGCAGCAACAUCAACAGAGCAUCGAAUACUCCACAGAUCGACAAAGAGAAGCCGCUUCCAAGCAAGCCAGGCGCAGUACGUCAACCAGCCAACCAGAGAGCUCAACCUGUCAGACGUCCACAGAACAGCCAGGACUUGGGCAAGCGUGGCAGCGGCAUGCAAAUGGACUCCGCAGACCACCGUAGCACGGCAGCUCAGUUCCAGAACAGCCGCGCAGACUUGACUCGUGCCGGAACCUCAAGCGGUGUCAAUGCCACACCACAAUCCACGAGUGCGGCAGCUCAGAGGCCAGCCCCGCCACAGCAACCAGAGCCCAAGCAAGGAGCCAUCCAGAAGCUGUUUAAAGCAUUAUGCUGCGGAUAGAAAAUGCAGUGCAUUAUUAGCGAAGAAAUCUUACCGGCCAGGAUCGCAUCUCCUUCAGCAGCUUCAGAGGUCGCCGCUUCGACCAUCGUACAGCCAACGCAAGCACCAAAAGUUCUACCGGCUGUCGCUCCGGUCAUUGCUUCGGCAAGCGAGCCGGAUAUGGUCACGAUCGCUGCACUUGGAAAAGUCUUGGAGAAGGAGAACGCCCCGGCAUCUAGGGUAAUGCGUCCAGACUAUUCGGCGAAGGGCUGGGCCGCUCGAAACGUAAUCCCUCCACGUGCUGGCAAAGACAACAUACAUGAAUAUCUUUCCGAUGAGUGGUGGAGACAUGAGACCUCCAAAGCCGAGAAGAAGGUUGAUGGUAUCUUUUACACCAUCCAGGCCCGCCAGAUGGAGGAAUGGACCAGGCCCGGCGGUGCCCGUCGCAAUACCCCAGGAGGGUAUCCUAUGGAGCGCACACCGAAGCACUACCCACAUGUUGACAUGAUGCGCGCCAGGCAAGAGGACUACGGCCAACCGGGACCAACUCUCUGGCUUCCAGAUGUGGUCGGCACCACCUCUCGCCGUGGCCAGAUGCGCACGGACAGGUGCUAAAAUUCUUAUACAACACUACACCCUACCUAAUGUCUAAUUUUGUUUGACGCGUUCGCAAGGAGUUGGGGCCACGGGAUGGCAUGCCACGCUUCUGAUCUUAGCGUGGCGUUGAUGGAUACGAGGACCUCGAUGUGAACAGAGGAAGCAUGGAGUUUGGAGUCAUGGGAUAAAAGGACCUCAAUGGUAAUAACGGAGGAAGCGAGGCGUUUUGGGGGGAUGGGGGGUGCGACAUGGACACGGGAGAAUAUAUGGCAGCGGCACUGCUCUUUGCUUCCGCCACUGUGGCUACGUGGGCAGGGCUGUUUUGCAGGCUGGAGGGUCACCUCUCCGUGCCGUUCUACUUCCUCGCCGUCGCGUGUUUGCGGGCUGGUCG